UUGUUCUGAUCCCCCUUGUGGAUUAGAGAUAUCAAAAAGAAUUAGAGAAAGGAUUAUAUCUAAAAACUGUUCACGCCCUUUUCCCCUCCCAAAAAAAUAAAUAAUGUUUAUGCCUAAUUCACCACCAACAUUAUCAACAUCUUCAACUUUUGCCCCUAUCAGUUUUUGGGAAAAUCCACCCUUCCAACAACACCAAGAUUAUGAAAUGAUGUUAAUGAGAAUACCACCACCACCUUCAACUACAAUAACAACUCCAACUUCAAUUCCUUCCUAUACUUCCUCAACAUUUUUUGGAGCAGCAACAACUUCUUUAGGGUAUUUAACAUUUUCAGCUUCUUAUCCUUUUAAUACUCAACACAAUUACAAUAAUUUUGUUUCUAAUCAUGAUUUUAUUCAACCUCCUUCAAUUUCUUCUAGUCAACAACAACAAACAUCGAAUUUAACAAACCAACAACAACAAACAUUUAACCCUCCUAAUAAUUGUCAUUUUCACCCAACAACACAAUUUUGCUUACCAAAUCCCUCCUCAAAUCCCACAUUAAAUCCCUCUUUUAACCACUCAUACCUUUCACCCCUAGAAUUUUGUAAUGAUUUAAUAGAUUGUAACAAUAACAAUUUUGAUGGGAUUAAAUUAAAUUCAAUAAAACCAACAAUUCCGUUAAUUGGGAAUGUAACUUCACCACAAGCCAGCAACUUUACUAACAUAUCCCCCAUAAUCUCAAAUAACCCCCAAAAUCAAGCUACAAAAAUAAAUGAAAGGAAGACUAAAAGAACGAAUUUUGCCGUUAAUCCCGUAAAAAAAAAUGAAAGGAAUGAGAAAACCCGACAGAAAGCAGCUUCAACAAAUCUACAAAAACCAGAAAUUAAAUAUGAAGGGAAGAGAACAACAACAACAACAAUAUCCCAGGAUUUACCAAAACAGCGGAGACAGCGAACUCAUUUUAGUACCCACCAAUUAAAUGAAUUAGAAAGCUUAUUUGCUAGAAAUAAAUAUCCAGAUGUUAGUAAUAGAGCAACUAUAGCUCGAGCUAUUGGAUUGGCUGAACAAUGCAUUCGGGUUUGGUUCAAAAAUCGAAGAGCAAAAUGGCGUAAAAGAGAAAAACCAACAAAUUUAAAUAAUUAUUUACCUCCAAGAUUACAAAAUAGAAUAAAUAUAAUUAAACAAGUAUUAGAAACUAAUCAGACAAUUAAACAAAUAAAACAAGAAGAAACAGAACAAGAACAACAUCAAAAUUUUGAAUGGACUAUUAACGGACAACAACAAUAA